GUGUGUGUGUGUCUACAGGUGCUGAAUGUGUCUGAGCACAUGCAGCUCCUGAAUCGGCGAACCGCUGGAGAUCUGCAGGAGCUCAGAGGCUCGGAGACGAUAUUGGACACACUGGAGAAAACACUGACUAGUGCCCAGCAGAACCCGCAGGAGCUGAGCGACAGGAGCCUGCAGGAGCUGCGCUGGAGUGUGUCUCAGUGUCGCCCCCUGCGGGUGCUGCUGUCUCGUGUGCGCGCGGAUGUGGCUCAGCUGGAGUGUGUGCGUGACGAGCUGCAGGAGAUCAGCGUGUCGCUGUCGCUGCUGCAGGAACGCUUUCACACUCACCAUUAUCAACAGCUGCAGCAGCGCAUCUCCAUCCUGCAGCAACACCUGCACAGCUGCUCCAGCCACCUGGGUUGUGGUCAGCUGAUCAGCAUCAGUGCUCCGCUCACAGUCAGAUCUUCAGGCUCGCGCUUCGGGUCGUGGAUGAUGGAGACUUCCAUUGAAAGUUCGGACAAUCGCGUGUGGGUGAUGGAUGGAUACUUAAAGGGCCGGCGUGUGUUGGAGUAUCCGUCUCUGCAGGACUUCGCCAGCGGGCAGAACUACAUCGUCCAUCAUCUUCCUCAUGCGUGGGCAGGCACUGGUCAUGUGGUCUUCAAUGGCUCUCUGUACUACAGUAAGCAUCAGAGCAGUGUGUUGGUGCGGUACGGGCUGGCGUCGGGCUCAGUGCUGCAGCAGCGUGAGCUCCCUGACGCCGGCUUCAACAACACGUUCCCGUACUCGUGGGGAGGAGCUUCAGACAUUGACCUUAUGGUAGAUGGGUCGGGGCUGUGGGCGGUCCACUCCAGCUCAGGCCGCGGCGGGACGCUCCUGCUCAGCCGUCUGCACCCGCUCAGCCUGCAGGUGCUGCGCUCCUGGGACACCGGCUUCCCCAAACGCAGCGCCGGUGAGGCCUUCCUCAUCUGUGGCACGCUCUACAUCACAGACUCACACCUGCCCGGAGCCAAGGUGGCCUUCAGCUUCCACACACACACACACACCUACCAAUACACCGACAUCGCCUUCCACAACCAGUACUCACACAUCUCCAUGCUGGACUACAACCCGCGCACACGCGCUCUCUACACCUGGAACAACGGCCAGCAGGUGCUCUACCAGCUCACACUGAUGCACUACAUACACACACACACACCACUGACUCACACACACACCAAUGACACACACGCAUGACUAAAACGCACACAUGACUGGAGCACACACACAUUACUAAAAACACACACCACCCACCGACAUACACACACACACACGUGACUAAAGCAUACACACACACACACGUCUCAAACACAAACUGAACACUGACACUGAUCACUUUAAAUGCAAAUGAGAUGCUCUUUUCAAAAGAGGGCGGAGCUACAAACGUGUCACCAUAGAGACAGAUUCAUAAACAAGGCUAAUGUCCAAUGAUUGAAACAGGGUCACUAGCAGGCGAGGCUUUCCCCCUCUGAUGACAUGUAAGAAGGGGGCGGGGCAUGUCAGACACUAGAGAGCAUGUGAUUGGUCAGAAGAUUUGAAACUGAAGUAUUUUCAGAAAGCUUCAGAUGUUUAUAUCAGGUUUAUCUGUCCUGAAGGUGAGUUUCACCAGUGUUUUGGAGACACUAGAUUAGAGAUAUCCUUAACACUAACAUACUGAUACUAACAUUUAGAAAACUUUAAUUUCACAGCACCUUUAAAGGCACAGCUUGCAUAAUAAUAAUAAUAAAGUAAUGUGAGUGUGAAGUGUCCGCGCUCGUGUCUCUGCUGUUGAGUCUGCAUGACUGAUGCAUGUGAAGACUGAUUUCUACACUGAUAAGUGGACAGAAUAUGAAUCUAAAUGCAGAGCACGAAUGUUACAUAUGUGACUUGUACUUUUGGUUGUUCAUGCAAAUAAAAAUCUGACGAAUCUAA